AUGAGCGAACCUACAGACAAGGAUUUCGCUGACAACGGCAAAGUCUCAUCCACCGGCACAGAGCCUGGCCGAACCAUGACCCACGAGGAGCGCGAAGUGGCCCAGGCCGCUGCUCGCUUUGGCUAUGGUCCUCUCGCCCAGGUCUCAACCACCGCAGAGCGUCUCCCGGCCUUUGGUGGUGAAUUCCAGCCCGGUCUCUACCGUUCUGUCGAGCAGCGCAAGUUCGCCAAUCCUGCCCCCAUGGGCUUGGCUUCUUUCGCUCUCACAACAUUCCUCCUCAGCUUGAUCAAUCUGCAGACGCGGGGGGUAACAACGCCAAACAUUGUGGUUGCUUCUGCAUACGGAUAUGGCGGUUUGGUCCAAUUACUGGCUGGGAUGUGGGAGAUGGCAGUUGGCAAUACUUUCGGUGCCACUGCGCUUUCAUCAUAUGGUGGCUUUUGGAUCACUUAUGGAAUCAUGUUCACCCCUGGUGGGUUCGAAAUUGUCAAGGAAAUGACGGAGAGGAACGGAGUCGCAGGUCUCCAGACUGCAGUUGGAUUGUGGCUUUUUGGUUGGUGGAUAUUUACUACACUCCUCCUGCUUUGCACGCUUAAGUCAACGGUCGUAUUCUUCCUCCUCUUCCUUACUGUCGACCUUGCCUUUUUAAUGCUUGCACUCGGCCACAUUUUUCCUGGGAUCUGA